CAAAACAUUCACAUACAAAAUACGCAGGCAAGUCGAAUGGUUGAUCUCUACCGCAUCGCUCGUCCAGGCGUAUUUUCACCACACGUCUUGUAUUAGCUUGGAUUUUUGUGGCAGACCCGGGACAUAAACUUCGAAAGUAGACGGUGUUGACGACGACGUAAACGGGGGAAGGGAUUAGCCAUGGCUACGAAAGUGAUAUAUUUCACCGUGGCCGGAAAACCAGAGCAGGCAGAGUUUCGGAGCGACUUCCCAGCCGACGAUGUCAAAGAUUGCUUUCGUUCCGCUGCUGAAGCUGGGCCAAAUGACAUCCUUAAACUAUACAACACAAGGGGCAAUAUUGUGAACAUAUCGCCAAAACUCGAAGAAAAUACGCCAGAAUCUCGCUAUAAGCUAGAAGUUGUUGCAGCACACUGCACCGGGUCAAGAACCAUAGGAGGUAGCAAGGAAACCCUCAUUGGAAACGAGGAAGGUAAUAGCAGUCAGUUUAUAGCCAAUAAAUGUGCACUCUGUUACCUGUCAAUAAUAGAAAGAGUUAAUUAUUUGGGAUUGGUUGGUGAAGAUGGGAGAAAAGGCUGUAGUAGGUCGCCUAGGAACGAGAGCGAGGUAGAGUGUGUGGAACACCUUAGCUGGCUGGGUCUUUUUAAAGAUGUAGUCACAGAAAACUCACCUCCAUUUUACCAAAACAAAAAGAAAAACACAGAAGCUGAACACAGACGCGUCUGGGAAAAGUUUACAAAAAUGAGCAAUGUUGAAAUGUCAGAAGAUGUCAAACUGUAUCUCAGGAAACCUACAUUUGACAAUUGGCAGUGGGAAGAUGCUGAAAUGUUGGUUCUUUUACAACAAAUGUAUAUAGAUUUAGAGUUUGUUGAAAAAUUCAACAUUGAGAUGCCAGUAUUACAGAAUUUUCUUUUUGAAGUUUAUAAACAUUACAACAAUGUGCCAUUCCAUAAUUUCAAACACUGCUUUUGUGUUGCUCAAAUGAUGUAUGGAAUGUCAUGGCUUGUUAAUCUUUGUGACAAAAUUGGUGACCUUGACACAAUGGCGCUUAUUACGUCGGCGAUUUGUCAUGAUUUAGAUCAUCCGGGUUAUAAUAAUGCAUAUCAGGUGAAUGCUAGAACAGAGCUUGCGUUGAGGUACAAUGAUAUUUCACCGCUAGAGAACCAUCAUUGCGCUUGUGCAUUUGAAGUGCUAGAAAAGCCGGAACUAAACAUUUUCAAUAAUGUUUCUCCGAGUGAAUACAAAAGGAUACGAGAAAGCAUGAUAAGAUGUAUCCUAGCAACCGACAUGGCGAAGCACAAUGAGAUACUAAACAAGUUCAAAGGUUUAGUAGAUGGAUUUGAUUUCACGAAUAAAGACCAGAAAGACACGUUAAUGAUGAUUCUUAUAAAAGUAUCCGAUAUUUCUAAUGAAGCUCGGCCGAUGGAUGUUUCAGAACCAUGGCUGGACUGUCUUCUACAAGAAUUCUUUAACCAGAGUGAUCUUGAGAAACUUGAGGGCUUGCCGGUGGCCCCAUUCAUGGAUCGGGAAAAAGUAACGAAGCCAUCAUCGCAGACUGGCUUCAUCAGAUUUGUUUUACUACCGUUGUUCGAAUCGCUUGGUUCUCUAUUUCCCGAACUGGAUGAGCAUAUCAUUCACCCAGUGCGACAGGCUCUUCAGUAUUACACCGAUAUGGGCAAGGCGCUGGAUGACGAAAACAGGAAAAGAGCGGAAAGAGAAAAGGAAAAACAGCAAAAUGGAACGAGACAUAAUGGCGUAAUCAACGAACAGAAUGGUAUCAAAGAAAAUGGCAUUAUUGAUAAAAAGAAGGAACCAAUCAGUCGAAGCGGCAAGCUAGGAAAUGGUACGCAUCGAACAACAACAAAACAAAGUCUAUCAUCGGGAAAAAUCAAAUAAAUACAAACUUUGCAU